GAGGAGCUGCAGGCAGUGCAAAUCAGACUCGCUCUACACAGAGAUCUACAGCACAGAGAUACAGACAUGACACCUACAAUCAUCUCAGACGAGCAUCUCCAUCUCAACAACAAGCUGAGAAAGCCAAUCGUGGAGAAGAUGCGCAGAGAUCGUAUCAACAGAAGCAUCGAGCAGCUCAAGGCUCUUCUGGAUCCACAGUUCCUCAAGCAGCAGUCUGAUUCCAAGCUGGAGAAAGCAGAUAUACUGGAGAUGACAGUCAGCUUCCUGACACACCAGCAGUCUGUUCUGGACUCCAGUUCACAUGCUGUCAAUCAAGGCUUCUCCAGGUGUGUCCACGACAUUGUGCACUUUCUGUCCGAACAUGACACACAGAAGACACAGAGCCAGAGAAGACUGCUGGAGCACUUCCAGAACCUGCAGACACCAUCUGAACAGAUCAGGAGAGAAAGUGUCCUGCCUCCGCUGAGCUCCACACACCACCACACCUUCAACAAAGAGAUGAAUGUCAACAAGAGCGCCAUCUGGAGGCCCUGGUAGACACAACCGAUAACACAUUGAAACUCUACAUUAGACAACAUGAACAAUUUCACUUUUGAAUUUCUCUUUUUGAGAAAAGAUUGAUCAUCAGAUCCAGUUUGGAGAAGAUAUUUGUACUGUAAUAGUACACUGAGGAUUCUGUCUUCUAUGAAGAGACUAAAGAAGUCCUGAUGGGAUUAAACUUGAACUGAAUGACAUAUUUUCACAUCAUGUGAAAGAAACAUUUAUUUAAAAAAGUUUGUUUACGGACAAACAGAUUUAUCAUUGUUUAUAACAAAUUUAAUUUCAUGUAAAGUAAUGGCAAGAAUCUUGCUGUAUGAAUUCUGCUCAGUUUAUGUUAAGAGCUCCAGACUGAGGUGUUUUAUCUGCUCUGACAUGAUUUAUCUUACAGAUACUUUAUAUCACAUUGAAGUGUGAAUGUAUUGAUAUUACUGUCAUGAUUAUGAAUUCGCCCACAUUGGGUGACACAUUUAAUAGCGGCUGAGAUUAUCAGCAGUCAGACUUUAUAUUUCCUAUGUGAAGUUUUUCUCUUUGCUCUAUAAUAGACAUGAUGCUAAUCGACUCUGUUUUGAGAGUUUGUUAUUGUUAGUUAUCAACAGUCUUUCACUGUAUACAGCUGUCAUUGUGCCUUCUGUGAAGGUUUUUUCACCAGAAACUUUAAGUGUGUCAUUGUUGACAUUAGCGGAUGUGAAUUGAUCGUGAGAUCAUUUGGUUCCUUCUGUGAAGGUUAUUGAAUGUUUUGAAAGACUAAAGCAGUUCAGUGAAUGUAUUUCUGCUGCAAUAAAACAAUCAAAUGAACAUCUUUUCA